ACUAAUUUUUCGCUUAUUAUCUAGUGCAAUUAAUUUUAGCUGUAAUAAAUUAAUUAUUUAGAUAAUAAUUAUACUAUUUAGUCUAAAGUGGUGACUAGUGGUGCAUAUUCUACUUAAGGAGUGUGGACCUGAAUUAUGGGGUUCAGCCAAGGUGAAAUUCUUUUAGACAGUCCCACUGGAACAUACUAUGCCGGUCAAAUCGUUAAUGGGAGGCUGGUGUUUGAAUUACAGAAAGAGAAGAAGAUAAGAGGCAUACAUUUAUCAGUGCACGGGUUCUGCUCUGUGCAUUGGACAACGCAGCGCAACCGCCAGGUCAACAAUCGCACAGUAUCCUAUACGGUUGCGCACGACUCUUACGAGGAAUACAUCAGUCUGAAGGUGCAACUCUUCGGGAGUAAGAAUGCGGAGCGCCACCUCAAACCGGGCAAGUUCGAAUACCCGUUCACGUUCCAGCUGCCUGCUAACUGUCCCUCAUCGUUCGAGGGAUCAGUCGGUCAUGUACGGUAUGAACUGAAAGCCGUCAUGGACAUACCAUACGCUAUAGACAAGGAGGUGUUCAGGGCAUUAUGUGUACACGCACCGCUCGAUCUCAACUUGAUCAACUGCAAGGAUCCUGCUUCAUUCGAGUUUGACCAAACUUACUGCUGUUGGUGCUGCACGUCUGGUUCUUCGGAGACUAUAGUGAAGAUCCCGACACGAGGGUUUUGUCCCGGACAGGUGAUACCUAUAGAGGUCAGCUGUCAGAACCGGAGUACGGUGGAAAUAGAGUACAUUUCCUUCCGCAUUAAAAAGAAAAUAACGUACCGCGCUGUGAACGAGCCCGGAGAGAAGUACGACAGUGAUACUGUAGUGGAACUGAAGAAGGGCCCCGUGCCCUCCCAUACGGACAGGAACUGGACUGUGGAGAUGAGCGUGCCCCACCUCGACGUCCACAACCUACAAGCGUGCUCCUUCAUACGUCUCGAAUACGAGUUCAAGGUGACCGUGUCGCCGGAUGGUUGUCAUGAAGACGACGACGACAGUUGCCAAAUAUUCUUCGGCACGGUCCCAGUGGUUGGCUUUGAGAGCAACGUUCCGAACUCACAAAACCCGCAAAGUGUUUUCCCGACUCAGAACUAUCCACAGAUAGCCGCGCCGUACCCUCAGCCAGUGCUCAAUCAGCCAGUAUCUGUCAACCAAUCUCACGCUGCUCCUAAUUCUCCUUAUCCACCGAAUCCUUAUCCCAAUAAUUCGCCGUAUCCUUCUCCGAACCCUUCAGCCCCAUACCCCAUACCACAGAACACCCCUUACUCCCCAGCUCAACAUAACCCCGCUCCUUACCCUGGUGCUAAUCAGCCUUACCCGGGUGGUAACCAGCCUUAUCCAGGCGGAAAUCAACCCUACCCGGGCGCAAAUCCACCAUAUCCAGGCGGAAACUCACCUUAUCCGGGUAGCCCUCAAUCUCAUCAGGGCGGAAACCAACCGUACCCGGUUGGCAACCAACCUUAUCCGGGCGGAAACCAGCCUUACGCAGGUCCGGGCGGUAACCAACCUUACCCGGGUAGCAAUGCGCCUUAUCCUAACAGUAACCCACCUUACCCGACCGGUAACCCACCUUAUCCAGGUGGUAACGCACCUCCCCCGGUGGAUAGUAAGCCAAUGGGAUUCGCUAUGGAAGGUCAUGGAAAUUCCCCGAUUCCGAUUCCUAUGUUGCCGCCAGGAUCUGUACCAUAUCCAGUUGCGUCGCCGAAAGAGAGCAGUGCUUUCACGGGCGCCAGUGCUCCGGACGUUACGCCAGACAACGAGAACAGUAUAAAAAAUAUUUGAAUCAUCCGAUACGAGCAACACUCCAUACAAUCCAGAAUUCAUGGCUGUCAAAAAGGAACCAACUACCGAUAAUAAUUAACGCCUGACCAUAUAUAUAACUGUUAGUAACAAAAUGGCAGCUUCGCUAAAUCGCCGUUUCAUUUUCAGAUAUUUUAUACAUAAAUGUAGUAUUAGAAAUAAAUGUAAUACCUAUUAAAGGGCUAAAUCUGCGGUUCUACCACAUAAAUAAAGCACUGAUUGACCUGUCAAAAUUAAAUCUUGAAUGAUCGAUCAGGUUAACAGAUCAACUGUCGGCAGACACAAUAAGAAUUGAUCUGACCAUCGUAUACCAAUCCAGAUUCGUGUGCUGAUAGUAGAUCUGAUAGCCUGGCAAAUCAUUCAUUUUGUAAUUUGAAGAUUAGAAAAUUCAAAAUUUGACAUAUCAAUCACGCCUAAAGUUAAGCGGUAGAGUCACUGAUGAGAUACCUAAGACCGUUUGUUGCCGAGGCGGCCAUAACAACUAAAAACUGCACUUUGACGUUUGUCCCGUCAUCGUUUAGUUCUAGAAUGUAGUGAAUAAGUGAUGGUGUUUCUAAAAACGAAUCGAUAAGAUAUUUUAGAAUAUAUUAAAACUCUGAAAUCGAUAAAAAAGAGUCAGAAAUAAAUGAAAUUAAAUAAUUAUUUAUUGUGUAAGCG